AUGGGGACUGUACCAGACCCUCUGCGAACUGCCAAGCUUUCACUGGUCACAGCUUCUGCGGAGGAGGACCGCCUGGGAGACCUGCAGCCGGCAAAGCACCAGCCCCAAACACCCAGCGGAGAGAGGACAAGCAAUGGCUUCCCCUGCACGCCCUCCAGCUCCGAUGGGGUUUGCUUGCACGACCUGAAAUGCACGGCGGCCACCAGCACACAGAGGCAUGAGCAAUGCAGCAAGGAUGAUGCUAACCAGCGGGAAGCCAUCCCUCCCGCGCUCGCCGGCAAAGCUGCAGAGGAGCAUCCCACAGCUGUAGAGCCUGCUGGUUGCACCCAGCCGGGGGGCAGCCAGGCACUGACAUCAGCAGCCCCUACCUCAGCAGGAGCCCCCUUAGUGGGGCGGGGGCCGGAGAUGAUGCCGGCCCCCCAGAGCUCCCGGCAGUUUGUGCAAGGCAGCCAGGUGAAAACGAGCUCCUUGGCGCAAAUGGAUGACUCUGCCUUGAAACCGCAGGGGACUGAUGAUCAGCCAAAGCUUGAGGUGUUAAAUUAUUCUUCCCUGGGCGACCGUGUGAGGGGUAAUGAGUCCUGUCGUACUUUUCAGGCAAACCCUCUGCAAGGAGGGGAAAGAGACAGGGGAGCAGAAAAGACUGGUUCUGCUGUGUGUCCGUCAGCCUCGCCAGCCAGGCACACCGAAGCUGACCCAGGGAGAGAGACACAGACCAGUUUGGAGGCAAAAAGCGGGGCUGCAGACACCACACAGUCGCAUCCCACAGAUAAAACUGAAGCAGGUCAGAGCACUGAGGCACCAGCCCAGCCUAGCCAUGAGAGUCCACAGCCCGUACACAGCACGGAUGCCAAGCUGGGGAGCCCAGACCCCACGCAGCUCUCCAAAUUCAAAGAAAUGGGUACAAUGACAGUUCAGUCUGAGAGCAGCGCUUUGACUCAGGAAGCAGCAGACAGGACAUGGCGAGAUGCUGAGGUGCAGGCCGUGGCUGCUGUGGAGAGCAAAUCAGCCUCCACCAGUCCCAGCAUCCUUGCUGCCUUCUUAAAAGGGAAUCCUCCUCCAGAGGAGAAGGAAGAAGUGCACAUAAUUUACCAAGGAGGUAUGGGACUGGGCCAGUCUGCACUUACUGACAGUUCAUCCUCACAACAAAAGUCCCCAUGUUCUCCUGGUGUCACAUCAAAAUCGACUGUUGUUAUGGCUGUGACUGCUUCAGCCCAACCCCAGCCUGUCAAACUGCCUGGGGUCCCAUCUGAUGUGGCACCUCCAGUGUCAGCAAAUAAUGCAAAACCUGCUCCCGCCUCCUCCCCUGUAGCUGUUACCUCCCAGGGGACAUCUGUGGGUAAUGCUGAAAUGACGGGUGCAGCCUGUGAUGACAAGGAUGCUGCUCAGCUGCCGAUGGAUGCUCCAUUCCCCCCAAAGCCCAUCUCUGUUGACUCCAGUAAUCAAACUCCAGCACAGCCUGGGUCUCGUGCUGGUGAACCAAGCACCACUGCCACUGUCCCAGGAGCCAAGGACACCGUGCAAGAUCUUGUCCAUGAUGCGGGAAGCAGCCGCUUACCUUUACUCCAUAGCACAGAGGGUAAGGUCGAGCCGAAGGAGGCCCUGGGCAGCAGCGAGCAAAAGCCUGUGCAAAGUCAGGGUGCGAGUCAAGGGGAGGCAGUUCCUAAUCAAUCUGUGGUGAAACCGAAGGAAGAAAACUCAGCAGUACUUGAUCAUAAAGGAGGGAUGAACGUUAGCAGCCAGCCUCCCGCUGUCCAUGUGAAGGCGUGCUUGGAGGAUGCAGGUGGAAAGGAGGAAAGCAGAGGCCAGGGAGGCACUGGCCAGGCUCAGGCAGCCGGCGGCCAGGGCCUGCAGGCCGGACUGACACCUGCCUUGAGUGCGAGCUCUGCCCGUCUCACCCCUCCCUCGGAGGCAUCAGCAGCCUCCCAGCAGCAAAGCCUCCAGGCCAAGGAGACCAAACGUGAGCUUCCUGCUUCAGCUCAGCCCUUGCCAAACCUGGGGGGAAACAAAAAGCAGCCCACCCCAGCCAUGGAGGCAAAAGUGCAGGUGAAGCAGUCCAAGCACGUCAGGGAUGUUGUUUGGGAUGAGCAAGGCAUGACAUGGGAGGUUUACGGUGCUUCUCUCGAUCCAGAAUCCCUGGGAAUCGCCAUCCAGAACCACUUACAGAGACAGAUACGGGAGCAUGAGAAACUGAUCCGGGCCCAGAACAGUCAGACCCGGAAAUCCAUUUCCUCAGACACAUCCUCAAAUAAAAAACUGAAAGGGAGGCAGCACAACGUGUUCCAGUCCAUGCUGCAGAAUUUUAGGCGUCCUAAUUGCUGCGUCCGACCCGCUCCCUCUUCUGUGCUAGACUGA